CAUAGGAUGUAUACCAUAUAGUCCACUAUAGGGGCACGACGAAUGUGCUUGAAUGGAACGACGUCAUCUUGCCCUUUCUAAAAAGGGCAAGAUUGGAUUCGAUUAGGCACUUUAAUGGAAUCAAGAUCGACCGCCAACUCAUCACAGCAUUGGUAGAGAGAUGGUGAAAGGAGACACACUGCUUCAAUUUUCGUGAAGGCGAGUGCACCAUCACACUGAAGGACAUCGUCAUCCUAACCGAUUUGCCCAUCGAUGGUGAUGUUAUUUGUGUGGACUCUACGCCACCACCUAAAGUUGUUGCCCAUAUGAGUGAUUGGCAACAUUUUAUAUGGACGGUCACUAGGUUGUGUCCGCCAGAAAAGGGAGAUCACGAUGCGGAUGGUAAUCCACCAUUGUCCAAGGGCCAAGUAUCCAUCACUUGGUUGACAGCGGAGAUCAGGCAUAAGCACAACCCUGAGUUCGGCGGCAUUCUCCUCACGGAGGAAAGUUCGGAGCGUGAUAAAGACAUUUAUCCACGUAUCUACAUCCUCGGCAUGAUCGGAGGAGUUUUCUUCCCCAAGAAAUCCAACAAUUUAAUCAGAAAUUCAUGGUUGAAGAUCAUACUUGGGCGUUGGGAUGAUAUGGGAAACCUAAGCUGGGCAUCUGCUUGCCUAGCUCAUCUCUACCGCUCCCUCUGUAAUGCUAGUGCGAGAGCGGCGAAGGAGAUUGAUGGGGUCAUGUUCAUCGUCCAAUUUUGGGCUUGGGAGCAUUUGCUAUGGAUUGCGCCGAAGGUAGACCCCGACAAUGAAUGGGGAUCCGACCAUCCCCUACGACAUGAAGCUUAUGGUUGUAGGUGGCUUGGUGAAAAAACAUGCGACAACCUAGAAGCGCAUAAGUUGGAGAAGUAUCGUAGGAGGCUGGAUCGCCUUUGGGAAGCAGAGCUUAAGUUCGAUCCGUAUCUAGAAUGCAUUGUCGCGCAUCACGUCCACAAGUUCACGUUGCAUCCCGGUCAAUGGUGCACCCGAGUUCCACUAAUCUGCCACCAUAUAGUGGAGUGGCACUUGCCGAAUCGAUGUCUACGACAAUUCAGACCUGAGCAAUGCCUACCAUUGGAAGUCCCGGCGAGUCAAAGGGGGUACCAUGGGAAAGAUGGUCGACAAGGGUAUACUAAUUGGUCGGAGGAGUUUGGAGAAUUGAUCGCUCUGUGGAACGUUAGGCAAGAUCAGGAUAUUGUGAUGGGAUCAGAUGUGGGGCGGAUGGGCUACCAUGACCCAUACAUGGAAACAUACCGAAGACAAUCUGUUCGUUACAUGACCCCCGAAGGUGCGGCGGACAGAGCUUUGGUUGAUGGCAUCGAGUGUAUACACGACCUCGCUCGUAUUGCAGAUCAUUCGGCUGCUGGUCGAGAGGUAGGGCUCAUUCGAAGGAUAGCGAACAGUCUCCUUUCUGUAUGAGAGCGCGCUCACGUGACCAUCACAGAUACCCGCCAGUUUCCCCAGUUACACCGCGGCCGGUG